UUUCCGUCAAAACAACUCUACAGAUUCCAAAAGAAGAUAGUCUAGUGUUAAAUUUCAUCAACAAACAGGAAAAUCUCGAGAAAAGCGGUCAAAAAAACAACUCAGAGGCGGAAAAUCCCAUUUGCGCCAUGUUUUCGCGCUACAAUAUUAAUAAAUAGUCGGUAAAACUACAGUAAAUCGGUGAAAAUCUGCUUUUGUUUUACACCUGAUUUUUGACGUUUGAACAGGCCAGUGAAUCAUUUGCCUCAAGCGAUUGGAGAAUCACUUAUAAAAUUGGAAUUUAGGGCAGAAAAGCCAAAAUUUUUGGAAAGUAUCCUAAAGGAAUUCAUAAAGUAGAGCAUGGAGGCGAUAGCGAAGCACGAGUUUGUAGCUACGGCCGACGACGAGCUUAGUUUUAAAAGGGGCCAAAUUCUUAAGGUUUUAAAUAUGGAAGAUGAUAUGAACUGGUAUAGAGCAGAAUUAGAUGGCAAAGAGGGACUUAUUCCUAGUAAUUAUAUUGAAAUGAAGCCACAUGACUGGUAUUAUGGAAGAAUAACAAGAAGUGACUCUGAACGACUUCUUCUAAAUAAGCAUGAAGGUGCAUUCCUGAUCAGGAUAAGUGAAACUAGCCCUGGAGACUUUUCUUUAUCAGUAAAGUGUUCAGAUGGAGUCCAACAUUUCAAAGUUUUAAGAGACGCCCAAGGCAAAUUCUUCCUUUGGGUGGUAAAAUUCAAUUCACUAAAUGAACUCGUAGAAUAUCACAGGACUUCGUCAGUGUCCCGGUCCCAGGACGUCAAACUUAGGGAUAUGGUAGCAGACGAAGUGAGUUGUUAUUUAGUUCAAGCCCUUUAUGAUUUUACCCCACAAGAAGUAGGAGAGCUAGAGUUUAAACGAGGCGAUGUUAUCACUGUUACAGAUCGUUCAGACCAACACUGGUGGCACGGCGAAAUUGGACAUCGUAGAGGGCUGUUUCCCGCUACCUACGUCACACCAUACCACACGUAAAUAAUUAAAAAACCAGUCAAUCAACACCGACACAUACACACGCAGAUUGAAAACCAGAAAAUUCAGUUUCGCCAUAGAAUGCCAUAAGGUAGCACAAAAAAAAAUUAACUUUUUAGCAGUAUUUUAUAUGGUUCUCGGUUUUCUCGUUUUAUACCUUUAAUUUUAAUUGUCGUCCCCCUAUCUAUAUUGGUAAAUAGCAUUUUUAAUAUCUGAAUUUUCUUAAAAAAAAUGACUAAAAAGUGUGAUUUUUUUGUAAUAGUAACUAUUUUUUUGGUGCAUACUAUGAUUUAGAAGAUAUUUUAUUAUUAUAAUUAAUAUUGUAGGUUUAUAUUGAUUCCUCUCAACUUUUUUCUAUAUAUAUUUUAUUUCGUGUUAUUAGUAUGUUUAUUGUUUAAAUGUAUUAUCAGGAAAAUUUUGCUCACAAUUAAAACGUUUAAUGAACACAUAAAGGAUUUAAGCCUUUCAUCGAAACCUGCAUGCCAGGGCAAUAUUUUUAUAUUAAAUUUAUUUAAAAAUUAAUAAUUACGACUUAAAUCUGUAUAGGAAUGCUUCAUUUUUUGUUUUUGUGGCAAAUUAAACAUACAUGCGUCUCAAAAAAUCGACAUAUUAAGCACAUUUUGCUUUAUGUUUUACUUACGUGGUAAUUUACCUACCACGAAUAAACAGAAAGGGAAACUUUCUGCUGAAACAAAACUUUCAAACCCAUUUGCUCUUUAUAUGGGGUGGAAGAAACACUUGGGAGGGUUCAUAAAUACUUUGCUGCCACCCUUUCUAGAAAAUCCUGGUAAAAAAGUUAUAAUUAAAACAUUUAAAAUACUCUUAAGAAAAACGUUGUUUUUACUGAUUUUUUUUUAAAUUUACACACUGAAAAUCAUCAUAAGGCAUUUUCUCGUGCCCUGUGUAAACCGUAUACCAACUUUUACUAAAUUAUCAUAUUUUUCUAAUAAAUUUAAUAGGAUUUAGGAAAGUCUUACAAGAUCAUUUAAUGUUGUAAUGUUUUUCGAAGCUUUGUUGUAAAGAAUACUUUUAUAAUUAUUAUACCGAGUGGGUUGAAAAAAUAGCCCUCUUUUGUAUCGGUGAUCUUAGUGAAUGAUAAUUUUAGGUCAUAAUUCGAUAUCAAUGCCAUUAUUUUCAGAAUAUGUUAGUUUUUACCCUUGAUUACUUUAUAAGCAUGACAUACCUAAAAAAUUAUAUUUUUUAAGGCCAUGUUUUUAUAUUUCUUUACAAAUUUCAGAAGAAUUCUUCUGAAUUUAUAAGUGAAUUUUUAGAAUAAGUAAUUGGAAAUCCGCUUUUUUUGAGCCCCCUGAUUUAGUUUAAGCCUUAAUAGUUCAGAAUAUUACUUAGGUAUAUUUUUGUUCGCUAUUUUGUACAUAACUGCUAAACGAAUCAAGAACUACCCUCCCAGCAACACCAAGAAAUCCAAUUAUGGACAUUCUUAGCCCUACAGUCAAGCUAUAAAUAUUUUCGGCAUUAUAUUAUUUUUUUAGUAGAAUUUGGCUAUUUUUACAUUAGAGACUUUGCCAUAUUUAGGAAUUUUUAUUUACUGGAAAAUUAUUAUUUUUCUAGUGUAAAAAUAUCCCUGAUAAAGCUUUUUUAGUUUAAAAAUUGUAUAUACUAACGUAGAAUAUUAUGGAUUACGCCAAUGUCUUAAGUGCAAGGAUAUUUAGAUAAAAUAUAUGUUAUACAAGCUGAA